AUGAAAAUUUCGAUUUUAGGCACUGGAUUGAUGGGUGCCGCACUUACUGAAGGUCUCAUAAAUGCUAGCCACGAUGUUAUCGUGUACAACAGAACAAUUGCUAAAACGGAACCACUCAGUGCACUCGGUGCAAAGGUGGCAGCUACGCCAGUCGAAGCAAUCACAGCGUCUGAUGCAACAAUCAUUAUGCUUUCCGAUGGUGUAGCUUUACGUGAAAUGCUUUUGAACGAUGUGACAAGAGUAUUAUUAAAAGGCAAAAAAAUACUGAAUGGCUCGACAACAACUUAUAGCGAAAUUGUAGAGAUCGCGUGUGUAGUUGCCGAAUACGGCGGAGAUCUUGCUGAAAUGACUAUCAUGGUCAGCCCCGACCCUCUACGUAAUAAGCAGGGACGAUUCAUGAUUGGUUGUAAGACUAUUGAUGAAUCAUACUGGACAGAAAUCCUACUUAGUAUUGGAGAAUCUGUCAAUCGUCUAGGUGAAGUUGGAGAAGCAUCAAAAGCAGAAGCACCAAUGAUAUUUGCCUCAAUAUUCAUUCCUGUGACAGUAGCCUAUGCAGCAGCGGUAGCCGCAAAAAUGAACAUGCCUCAAGAACUAAGUGAGCGUUAUAUUAACAUGGCUAUCCCGACAGCUGAAUACGUACUACCGAAUAUGCUUGCGAGAGACUACAGCAAAUGCAUGGCAACUGUCGACAGCUACGCAAGCGCGGUCACUACAGCCAUCAAAACCGCCGAAUCCGUUGGUGUACCUACUAAAAUUCUGAAAGAUAUACAAGAUCUUUUCAGAUCAGCGGCAGAACGAGGUUUUGCUCAAAAAGAUGGUAGCUCCAUCUUCGAAGUAUUAUUUGAACCAAAUGCCAAUGAUAAAUAA